UUUCCUCAAACUGCGGCCGACGUUGGUCAAUCUGUUGUCAACGACUAUCAUCCUCAAUCCUCACAACUCCCUUCGUCUACAUCCGCCAAAAUGACGAAGCGCACAAAGAAGGUCGGUGUGACCGGUAAAUACGGUACCCGUUAUGGUGCCUCCCUCCGAAAGCAAGUCAAGAAGAUGGAAAUCAGCCAGCACGCCCGAUACAUCUGCACCUUCUGCGGCAAGAACACUGUCAAGAGACACUCCGUCGGAAUUUGGCAAUGCAAGGGUUGCAAGAAGACGAUUGCUGGAGGCGCAUGGACUGUUUCGUAAGUCAAGAGCAGGAUAUACAAGGAAAUCAUCCCCCAAAAUCCUAACCGAGUGCAACAGAACUCCCGCUGCUGCCGCCACGA